AUGGCCUACGUCCCGGCACCGGGCUACCAGCCCAGUUACAACCCGACCCUACCAUACAAUAGGCCCAUCCCAGGUGGCCUCUGUGUCGGAAUGUCUGUCUACAUCCAAGGAGUAGCAAGAGACAACAUGAAACGGUUUUCUGUGAACUUCAAGGUGGGGCAGGAUGAGGGGGCUGACAUCGCUUUCCACUUCAACCCCCGCUUUGACGGCUGGGACAAAGUUGUGUUCAACACAAAGCAAGGCGGCCAGUGGGGCAGCGAGGAGAAGAAGCUGAGCAUGCCUUUCCACAGGGGCAGCCACUUCGAGCUGGUGUUCAUGGUCCUAGCUGAGCACUACAAGGUCAUAGUAAAUGGAAAUCCCUUCUAUGAAUAUGAGCACCGGCUGCCCCUACAGAUGGUCACGCAUCUGCAAGUAGAUGGAGACCUAGAACUUCAGUCGAUCAACUUCCUUGGAGGCCAACCUGCCCCAGCCCCAUAUCCGGGACCCAUGACUAUUCCGGCUUACCCCGUAAGUACCUGCUGAGGGGGACCCGGGUACAACCCUCCGCAGAUGAACAGCCUGCCUGUCAUGGCGGGACCCCCAGUCUUCAAUCCGCCCAUGCCGUAUGUGGGGAUGCUUCAGGGGGGGCUUACAGCCCGAAGAACCAUCAUAAUCAAGGGCUAUGUACUUCCUACAGCUAAGAACAUUGUCAUCAACUUCAAGGUGGGGUCUUCUGGGGACAUAGCUCUUCACAUAAACCCCCGCAUAGGCGAGGGUGUGGUCCGCAACAGCUUUAUGAGUGGCUCUUGGGGCUCUGAGGAGAGGAAGAUCGCCCACAACCCAUUCGGCCCUGGGCAGUUCUUUGAUCUGUCCAUCCGCUGCGGCACAGAUCGGUUCAAGGUCUUUGCCAACGGCCAGCACCUCUUUGACUUCUCGCAUCGCUUCCAAGCGUUCCAGCGGGUGGACAGGCUGGAGAUCAGUGGUGACGUCACCUUGUCCUACGUCCAGCUCUGAGCCCUUGCUGGGGAGGCAGGAAGACUCUCCGGUUCCAUCUAAGUCUCUAAUAAAAUGUCUAAGGGGCCUCAGGUGUGAGUGAGUGUG